GUGAUAGCACCUUUCAAUGGGGUACUAAAGGCAUAGCCAUUCUUGGCAGUUUUUCUGCAAAUUUUGAGUGAGUUUGACGAAAUUUUACAGAAAAAAUGAAUAAAAUUUUCAUUUUUAUUGCUUUCCUGGGAAUCCUCUCUGGAGAAGUGCUGGGACAGAGCAAUUUUGCUUCUCUGCAGUCACGCGUUACAUCAAUUGCUCGGAAUUUUGAGAGUGAAAUCGAACGAAUCCACCAGGAUGUUGCGGGAUUCACUGUGAGGUCCAUCAAUGAGGUUCUGGGGCAGGCCUAUGAUGCCGAGAUGGUGUCCCCGGAUGAGGUGAUGAUCUCCGCAUGCAACCUCAACGUUGUCAACCUCCUACGGGGCGAUAUGAGGACCAUUGAUGACGCCAUCAUUGGACUAACUGUACGCACUGCAGAACUCAAAACCAUCAUCUUCCGUGCUGUUGACGGGAAAUCCCUCCUUAAUGCUCCCGAGGGGAUCCGUGAGGAAGUCAAUACGGCCAUCGAUGAAGCCCAAAAUGAGUUGCAAGAGGAAAUUUUGAGUGUUAUUCGCCAGAUCGCCACCUUCAAGGUUGACACCUACAACCUGAUAAAGACUCAUCGCAAAUGUAUCGCCAAUGCCGUGUGAUUGUGCAUUGUGAAAAUAACACAAAAAAGAACAAAAUAUAAUAGAAAGAAAAAACUCCUUGCUUAUCUUGCACGACGUUUUUCUCUUUUCUUGUAUUAUUUUCUUUUUUUUUUUUUACAAAUUUCAUCCAUUAUUACAAAUAUGUCCAAGAGUAACAAUUUGUUUUUUUUUUGGGUGUGUUCUUAUCAUUUUUUUCCUUUUUGUAAUUGUAAUAUCUCUAUUCAUUACUCAAUAAAAAGUAUAUAUAUAUAUAAUAAUAAUUAUAUAAAAUAAUUAUUUUGAUUACACAACAUGCUUCAUCUUCUCUUCUCACUUUUUCUCUCAGAGGACACGAUAAUUUUUUUUUGUUUUUCAUUUUUUUAAUUCAUUGUAAUUUAUAGUUUUGUUGUUGUUGUUUUUUAUACUUAAUAAAGGUACACAUUUCUAUCAUUUUAUUAUUAUAUAAUUAAUUUUCCAUCAAAGCUCUCUCUCUAUUCCCUUUUUUUCUCUCUCUUCAAUGCUUUUUUCCAGCAGUUUGAAUAUUAUAAUUUUAAAACCAACAUUAUCACACCUAAAAAACUUAUCAAUCUGUCCAUUGAAUAACGAAGAAUAUUUUAUAAUUUAGUUAAUGAUUUUUCCUGAUUAUUUUUUUCUUAUUAAUUUUCACUUUUCAAAUUAAUCUUUUCAGCUUUCCUUUUUUUAUUUUUUAGACUAUUUAAUGAGUAUGAAAGUGUAAUAAAUUCGGUUAAAAAAAAAUGUUUCGAAAGGAUAUUUCCUUCAAUAAAUAACAACAAAAAUGAUUUUAAUUAAAAACAAAUUCUACUCAUUUAAGCCCUUUUAAAAUGUUUACCAAAAACCGAAUGUACGUAAAGAAAAUCUCUUUAAUUUUUUAUUUAUUUUAAUUUACUAAAAAAACUUUUUUUGGGACAUUCCUGUUCGCUUUUUACCUAACAUUCUUAUUUUUUCUAGUUCUGCCUUGUACUGUAUAAGGUGUCUUUCAGUAAUAGGCUUUACAGGCUUCUAUUGAAGUAUAAAGGACGUAAAAAUGAAAAAACAACUUUUUUUCUCAUUUGAAGUUCAAAUAAAUCUUCUAGGUGUGAUAAUGUCAGCAAGAAAACUUUGUGUGUCAUUUUUUUUCCUUUUUUUAAUAUAAAAAAAAAACUUUUUUUUAAAUUUAUAAACAUUUUUUCAUGGAUUUUUGCGAGUGAAUUUGAUAGAAUAUCUUUUUUCUUGAAUAAAUCAAAUAAAACCAAUAUUAAGCGACGCAAGGCCUAUCCAUUCUUAUGACAUUGUUAUUGUACUCCUUGCGAAGAAGUAAUAAGUUACUUUCGAAUUAUUACCACACAUGAGGGCCUUUUUACGGAUAGAAGUGUAUCAAUUGGCGGAUUGAAAGAUUCGGAUUGAUUGUAUUCGAACCGGUGAUCUUUUGCAUUCAAGCUUGAAUGCUCUAUCGAUUGCACUCCUGCCUGACCCUCUUUUGAAACAAUAAAUAAAAGAAAAAACACAGUGGUGACGUCAUUUUCAGCGAUUUUAAACAAAAUUCUUUAUCGGCUUUUCUCAGAGCAUUCUACAGUAGAAACUAUAAAGUUUUUUUUUGACGAUUUUUUAUUCUUUUAUUUUAUGUGUGUCUUGAUGGUUUUAUUGAAUAAAGAGUUUUCCCAUACUAAAACGAAUAAACUCCUUUGUUGUACAAAAAUUGCGUAAUUAAAGAAAGCUAUAAAAUUGAUUAUUUUUGUCAAAUUAUUCUUUUGGUCCCCUUGAAUUGGAUUUUGAGUGAUUGGAGGAUAAUUUUUGUUUACAAACUAUUAUUUAAUCAAGACACAAAUAAUUGAGAAAAAAUUAAAUUAUAGAAAGUCUUUUGUGAUUCUGAAAAUCAAGGUGGAAGAAAAGUUUUUUUUAAACAAUUCCCGAAGAUGUUCUGAAUUACUAAAAGCCACCAUCAUUGUGAUUCCAUUCUUAAAUUGUUCAAAUAUAAGAUUUGUAUUUUAGAUAAAAAAAAUGAAUAAAAUUUCAAUAAAUAAUUUAUCGUUUCAAAUCCAUUCUCUCGCAAAAAUAACCACCAAACUAGUGAAAAUCUGUUUAAAAGUUACAAAUUUAAAAGAAAUAAAAAAGUUUUAAGAAAAAAAGAACGUUAAUUAAUUGACAAAAAACAAGACACAUUUUUGUUGAUCUUUGUAGUUAUUAAUCUCUCGUGAUCACUGAAAAAAUAUCUAAAAUGGCACGAAAAUCUCUGCUCUAUACUUUUUUCUUCCUUUUUUUUUUAAAAAACAAUUCGUCCACAAUUACUAUAUGUUUUCUUCAUUUAGUUUUUGUUUUAUAUACCACAAAGAUGGCAACAGAGAGUGCUCAAGCAAUUUAUCUUUUAUAAAUGAUUUUGGUUUUCUCUUGAUUUUUUAUCAUUUCUUUUUGAAAUACACAUAUUUUCGCGAAAUUUUUUAUACCAUAGUUAAUAUUUUUUUUUUUUGUUAACACACAACGUUAUAUUUUCCACAUUUUAUCUUACAAAUAUCAUCUAAAAUCCUAAUAUCAUCUAUUAAUAGUUUUCCAUUUUAAUUGUUUAGGUUUUUUUUCCUUUUUGUUGUAAUUUUUUACGGUCAUCUACUAUUUUGAAAAUGUAUAUUUUAUUUUUUUUUCGUUCCUAUCGAUUUAUAAAUGUUUUUUUUUUUCUUUAUGUCCUAUUUCACUAUUUUCGCAUGAUUGACGGGAUGGAGUUGACUGUGUGACGUGCUUUUUUUAUUAGAUUGUUAUUCAUUUUACUUUUUUUUUUCUCUUUAAAGGAAUUGUAAAUAAAAAAAAGAAGAUCCUUUUAACAACUCAACUAUACGAAUAGUUUUUUUUUCUUUUCAUCUCAUAUAUAAAUCAUCUCUCUCUCUCUCUUUCUUUCUCUCUAUAAUUAAAUUGUAUAAAAAAGAAA